AUGGAUUUUCGAGGCAAGAAGUACGAGCGGGGCACUAACUGGUCAGAUCCCGAGGUAGUGGAGCUUCUGCACCUCUGGGCUGACGAGUCGGUGCAGGCGGAGCUGGAGAGCUGCUUGCGGAACCAGCACGUCUUCAACCGGAUCGCCGAAGUGCUGCGCGAGAAGGGCAUCCACCGGACCGGCGAUCAGUGCCGGGAGAAGAUCAAGAAAAUGAAGCUCGAGUACCGCCGCAUCAAGGAUAACAACAAGGCUCCGCGCGGGGGCAGGACGUGGAAGUUCUACGAGGUGAUGGACCGCGUCUUGGCCAGCCGUCCUCCGCUCGUCUACAGCGCCAACGGCAACGGCAACGGCAGCUACGUGUUGGCGCAGCAGGGGCUCCCGGGUGGGGUGGUGGAGAGCUACCAUCCGCACUUGGGCCCAUCUUCGGCGCUGACCUUCCCACCCUCCCAGCUCCCGGAGCAGAUGGAGAUCAAAUGCGAGGAGGUGGAUUCAGAGGACCAGUGCUUGAUGCCUGAGCCCCUGCCUUCUCUCACUACUUACCAGCCUGGGGGCUCUGCCGAGGAGCACGAGAUAGACAGGGCUUUCCUGGAGAGGUCCCAGCCUGACUCACCCAUCUCCAGGGUGGAGAUCCCCAUUGAGACCACUGUCUCCCUCUCAGGUUUCAGGGAACCUAAUGCAACUUCUACAUCCCGGAUCCAAAGUUUAGGGGCAUGGCCUGGUUUUUCUACUUGGCACCGCUUGAGGAAGAAAAGGAAAGGCCAGCGGUUAAAAGACCCUGUGGAUGCCCUGCUGUUGAAGACUUUAUCUGCCCAGCGGGAAAUGGAGGCACGCUUUCUGCAGAUGGAGGAACGCCGCCUCCAGCGAGACUUGGAAGUGGAGGAGCGCCGAAUCCAACUGGAGCAGCGACGCUUUGAAUUGGAACGGGACCAUGACUUCCGUAUGUUCAAAGUCUUUGCCGAAAUGUUGAACAUCUUAAAGCAGGACAAUCAGGGCUCUUGCGCAACGGGAGUAGCGCCGCAUGUAGACCUUCACCAAGCAUUCUCCAGUUCCACAGAAAUAGGAGAACAGCUGUCAGAAGAAGCCAAGGACCUCAAGUUAGGGCAAACCAGAAUGAAUACCGUAACUAAGGGGUUGCUUCCCUGCCACCCUGCUGAUUUUCAAAGCAGCCCUUACCUCUCUGUCCGAGCCAAUAUGGCUGUUGCUUCGGCGUUCUCAAACAAGGUGUACGAGCUCUACCUUGCUGACAAGCAUGAUGAGGACAAAAACCCCAGUGGCAUCAUCAAUUUUGCUGUCAGUGAGAACAAACUCUGCUUUGAUCUAAUGUCCAAAAAGCUGGCCCAAAGUGCCACGAAACUCACCGAUCCUUCCUUGCUGCAGUACCCUGAUUGGAAUGGCCAUAUGUUUGUGCGAGAAGAAGUGGCUCGAUUUUUGACCUAUUACAGCAAAGCCUCUGUACCUCUCAAAGCAGAAAAUGUGAUUCUACAGAAUGGCUGUGGAUCUUUGUUUUCCUCUUUGGCCAUGGUUCUGUGUGAUCCAGGAGAAGCGUUUCUGAUUGCUACUCCAUUCUAUGGAGGAAUCAUCAAAGAUGUGUACCUAUAUGGCAAGGUCAACUUGGUUUAUGCCUAUUUAGAUAGCCAGGUCACUGGCAGCUGCACUCGUCCAUUCCAGCUUACCGUGGAUAAGCUAAGGAAAGCCUUGCAGGAUGCCCAAUCAGAAGGUAUCAAAGUAAGGGGUUUAAUUCUCCUGAAUCCACAAAAUCCCUUAGGGGAUAUCUAUUCGCUGUCAGAGAUGCAGGACUACUUGGAAUUUGCAAAAAGACAUGAGCUGCAUGUGAUUGUUGAUGAGAUCUAUAUGCUGUCAGUUUUUGAUGAUUCUGCCACAUUUCACAGUGUACUGGAAAUGGACAGAUUGCCUGAUCCCCAAAGGACCCAUGUGUUGUGGGGGACUAGUAAGGAUUUUGCUAUGUCUGGAAUCCGAUUUGGUGUCUUGUACACACUAAACCAACAUGUUAUCAAAGCUGUGUCUUGUUUUAAUUACUUUCAUGGUGUCUGUGGGCCUAUCCAAUACCAAAUUGCCCAGCUACUCAGAGACAGAGACUGGAUCAACCAAGUAUACUUACGCACCAACCAUGAGAGACUGAAAGCUGCACACACCUUUGUGACAGAUGAACUCAAGACCCUUGGUGUUCCCUUCCUCAACCGCAGUGCGGGUUUUUUUGUAUGGAUUGACUUCCGAAAGUAUUUAAAAAAAAGAACAUUAGAAGAGGAGAUGCUAUUGUGGAGACGCUUCCUGGACAAAAAGGUUUUACUCUCUCCUGGUAUCUUUUUUGAGUGCAAUGAGCCUGGCUGGUUCCGCAUCGUCUUUGCUGACAACAUGAAUCGACUGCGGCUUGGGAUGCAGAGAAUCUGCGAAGUAAUAGAAGAACAAGAACGUGAAAUCCUGAAUGGAGACAAAGAUCCAUUGUGUCUGUCUGAAUCAGAAGGCACAGUAGACAGCACAGAUGAAGAGAUCUGUGUGUCUCACCACCAGGAACCAACUUCCUCCAGGAAUUCCACUCUUGGUGAUCUAAUUGGUCUCCUUCAGCAACAAAUGCGCUCAUCUGAUUGGUUGCAGAAAAAUACAGUGGAGCAGUUUGCACAAGAGAAACCAGAAGUCUAUGAAGUUUUCAGCAAGUUAGUGGAGAAAAAAUAGGGAGCGUUGGUGUGUUCUUCCAGAGGCUGUCAAUCAAUUUUGUCUUUUAAAUUACUUAUAUUUUUUUCUAUCUACUAGGAAACCAUUUAUUUCUUUUUUACCCUUCUCAUUAUUAUGAUGGGUAGGGCUCAAAUAGCAAGGGGUUGGCAUUUCUGCAGUCUCUAACCUCUGUAUUAUCUUUUUGUUUUUAAUGAGGAGACUUGUCUCUUAAAUAGUUUCAUAUUUUUCUGAAGUUUUUUUUUUUCAGCUGAAGAGAAGAUUGCUUUCAAAGAAUUGUCAUGUCUUUAACUGAAACCCACAACACAGCUAACUUGGAUCUAAAUCACACAUUUUGCAAAGUACUUUUAAAAAACAGAGGCAGGUUUAAAUGUAUUUUUACACAGGUAAAGAAAGUCAUGUAUGGAUCUCAUCUGUACCAUUGUGAGAAGAUUUAUUAAUGAAGUUGAGGAUUCUCAAGGCCAGAGGAGAUGUCACAUUUCCUGUCUCUUCACUCUGUUGAAGGAGACCCUAUAGUCAUCCCCUCCCUGUAGUUCUUCUGUCAGACAUGAAUUGUUAUGGCUGACAUUAAUUAACUACAAUGAAUUGUAUGAAAUACUGUCUUUUAACUAGGAUUUAAAGUGUAGUUAAGCAUGUUUUUCAGUGGGGAGUAUGCAUACUUUGUCUUCUUGGGGGUAAAAGGCCUUUGAGAUCAAGAAGGCAUGAAAGCGAUGUAGAAAUAUCACCAGAAGGGCCAGGGCAAAAAGCACUUUUUUAGUUAAAAAUACGUAUGUAUGUUUAACAAAUUAUUUUAUGGAGUUGGUUGGUUACAAAAACAAAAAGCAAAAUAAGUAUCACAUCAGCAAAAAUCAUUAACUUUCUGCUGAAUGGUGGCAAAGUAUUGCUAGACUCAGAAGUUGCGGAAAUGGAUCUUAACACGUACACAUGGGCUACAAAUACCACAUCUAAUUUAAAGCAAAUAUGCAGAAGCUGUUGCCUUCCAAGCUUGGGUGCCCCUUCCAAAAUUGUAAAUACCGUAAUGGUAAAUUAAAGCAUUCACACACAAAAGAGAAAUGGGACAUGAGGUUCUGAAUGCAUUCAGGAUUAUUAGCAGGCUGAUAUUGUUACAUCUACAUUAAUCUGGAAACCUUCAGAGUCAACACAAAACCUUAAACUUUGUAAUAGUUUAAAGCGUUCCACUUUGAGAUUACUAUGUUCUAAGUCUGUUUCUUUUUAUAGCUUGGCUUCAUAUCUGAAAUUAAAAAAAAUCCAUUGGUCUCUCAUCAGUCCUGAAACUAAACAACAUCAGUUCACACUUAGAGAGAAAUGCUGUUCUAUAAUAAAUUUUGCUAUAAAUUGAUAGUUUAAAAGUUCUAUGGUAGGAUUGUCAUGUGAAUAGGCAAAAAUCCUAAUUUAGAUAGCUGCGUUGUAGAAAAGUGGAAAAUGAACCAACACAUGAAAAGAAGUGGGCCUUAAAUAAGAAUUUGCAAAUUAAUACUUAACUGAAGAAUGCUGGUUGUUUCUUAAAUUGUUUUUAGAGUAAAUUAAGAUGAUUUUUAUCCAACAGGAGGAAGAGAAAAAGAAAGUAAUCUAAGAUUCAUUUGUUUGGCUUAGCACUUUGAUAGUAAAUGACAAUGAUGAUGGGUCAGUGUGCCUUAUCUGGAUUGUUUCAUACAUUUUUAAAAUUUCUUUCCUAAAAAUAAUUAAAAAAAAGAAAUUGCUAUCUGU